AUGAAACUCAUCUUCGUCUUCGCAGUUUGUCUUGGAAUUAUUAGGGCGAUUGCAAUUCAAAAGAUACUUCGACCAAAUUCAACAACCAUAAUCUCUGAAAAGAUUGAUCAGGCUUCAAUGGGCAUCACCUUAGAUGUUAAUACUAUUCAAGGAGAUGAUCUGUACAUCCUUAGUGGGUUUAAGAACCGAGCGAUGGAGAAGGUCAAACUAGCUGGAAGUUACAAACGAAACUUAGAAUCAGCCGAGCCAGGAGAAUUUGAAGCCCGAGUAGUUAAUGAAAGUGGCGAAUUUGCUAAUGUAACUAUCUCUGUCUAUGUGGAUAAGGCUCAUGAAGAUACAGAUGAAGCUGAAGUACUACGCAAAUUACUAGAUAAAGUCCGAGUUGAUUUAGUAAAUAUAUACAAUGACGUACUUAAGAUAAAGAACAUGAACAUCCAAAGUCUGUCCAAAACCAAAACGGCCAAGCGAGUUCUGUGGGUGGUUUCUGCCUCCCCCGGAUUGUACAUCCUUCUAAGCAUUCUACGACUGCGUUUCAUCAAAGGCUUCUUUACCGGCAAAAACCCUAACAAGAUCUAA